CAUGGAAGACAAACAACGGCAAAAUGCUAAUGAAGAAGUAUAAAAGAUCACUGGAGUGCCAAGAUUUAUCAUAGUAACAUUUCUAGCUUCGAGCUGUUAAGAAAGUUCAGUUGAACCAACAAAUCACAAAACCCCAAUCAAUAAGCAACAUGAAGUUCGCCGUCUCCGUAGUCUUGUUCGCUUUGGCCCUUGGCGCUGCCCACUGCUCGGUCAUCCCAUUGAUCAGCUCAAUCAAUGGCGCCGUUUUGGCCGCACCACAUGCUUCCAUUGCCGUACAUGCCGCCGCCGUGCCCGCAGUUGUCGCUGCACCAGCACCAGUACAGAUCAUCACCAGUCCCGUCGUUGCUCCCGCUGUCGUUGCUCCCGCUAUCGUGGCCGCUGAAGGCACUUAUGUGGCUAAGACCCGCGGCGCUGUACAUGUAGCACCAUUGCCCGGUCACAUACAAUCGGCUGCAUCAGUGAACUUGGAACCAGCACCUGGCACCCACUAAAUAAUUCGUAAACCGAUAGUUAUCAGCAAAAUUGCGUUUCGAACGGGAAUAUACGCACCUUAUUUACACACUAUAAAUACACAUAGUACAUCCACAAUCUGGCCAUAGUCAAUCUACAUAACUGGUAUACCUGCAACAUGUUUACAUAUACAUAUACAUACAUAUAUACAUGCAAUGAAAUGAUAAACAAAUAAUAAUUUUAGUUUAAUUAAACACUUUGGAAAACAAAA